AUGGAAGAUAAUAGACCCAUUGAUGGUGAUAAUAGGCCCAUUGAUGGUGAUAGUAGGCCCAUUGAUGGUGAUAAUAGGCCCAUUGAUGGUGAUAAUAGGCCCAUUGAUGGUGAUAGUAGGCCCAUUGAUGGUAAUGAUAGGCCCAUUGAUGGUGAUAAUAGGCCCAUUGAUGGUGAUAAUAGACCCAAUGAUGGUGAUAAUAGGCCCACUGAUGGUGAUAAUAGGCCCACUGAUAGUGAUAAUAGGCCCACUGAUAGUGAUAAUAGGCCCACUGAUAGUGAUAAUUGGCCCAUUGAUGGUGAUAAUAGGCCCAUUAAUGAUGGUGAUAAAAGUCAUUUUGACAGUCUGGCGAAGAGAGUAUGA